UUUGAGUGGGUACAGGUUAGUUUGCUCACCAGCAUGAUUUUCGAUGCUUUUGUGAACAACUUUGAAAAUGUCUCAGUAUUUGAUGGGGUGUAUACUUGCUGGUUCAGCAUGUUCAUUAUAUGUGAUAUUGUAUCAGCGACCAUGCAAGUCUAUUUUGCCUGA